AUGCCCCUCUUCCCAGAGCCCACCAAGGAGCCAGUCCUCGCAGGCAAGGUCGCCCUCGUGACGGGCUCCAACACGGGCAUCGGCUUCGAAGCAGCCGGUAUCCUAGCCAACCAGUCCCCCGCGACGCUCAUCCUCGCUGUGCGCUCCAUUCCUUCGGGCGAAAAGGCGCGUGAGGAGCUGCUCAAAGCCCAUCCCGAGGCCGAUAUCCGCGUGUGGCCGCUCGACCUGGCCUCUUUCGCCAGCGUGCGCGCGUUCGCCGACAAGGCAAACGAGCUCGCGCACCUCGACGUCGCGGUGCUCAAUGCCGGCGUCGCGCCGGGCAGCGGCGAGCGCCCGCUCCAGGCCACAGCCGACGGGCACGAGCUGACCCACCAAGUCAACGUCCUCUCGACGCUCCUCCUCGCCCUCCUCCUCGUCCCCGCCCUCCGCCGCGCCGCGGAACCGUCCCUCGUCAUCGUGUCCUCCGAGGUACACGCGUGGGCGGACAGCGAGUUCGUCGUGCGCGCCCUCGCGGCCGGGUCGCUGGUCGAGGCGGUCGACGACCCGGCGCAGUACGUCAACGACAAGAGGUACUUCCUGUCCAAGCUCCUCCUCCAGCUCGGCGUGCGCCGCCUCCUCCCAGCCCUGCCUGGCAUCCGCACCGUGUCGACCACGCCGGGGCUGUGCAUGACCGGCCUGGCGCGCGGCUACACCGAGGCGGAGCAGCAGGCGAUGUAUGCGCGCGGCGCGCGGACCGCGCACGACGGCGCCGUGGCGGUUACCACUGCUAUCUUCUCGCCCAAGUCUGAAGAGUUCUGGGCCGACUGCCACGCGACCCCGAGCCCCUCGGCGUUCAUGCACACUCCUGCCGGGGACGCCGCGAGCGCCGCGUACUGGGCCGAGCUGCUGCCGCUUUUCGAGAAGAUCGCGCCGGGGAGCACGGGGGUGCUUAAGGCUUAG